AUGGCGGCAGCCGCCCUGAGAGGCCCGGCCCGGGGAAGUGUGACCAUUGAAGAUGUGGCUGUACACUUCUCUUGGAAUGAAUGUCAUCUCCUUAACAAGGCGCAAAAGUGUCUGUACUGCGAUGUGUUGGCAGAGAACAUGGCACUUAUCACCUCCCUGGACAUGCUGCACAUGACUUAUCACCAGCAAGAAACACGUUCUGAUCAGAAGCUGUACAGAUGUGGGGCACGUGGAAGACAAUUGUGUUUCACCGCAGAGACUCAUCAGCAUGAGAAGCUGCAGUUUGUCCCGCAGUGCUUCAGAAGCAAGGGGACCAGGUCCUUGUUUGUGAACAGGUCUGAAUCCCAUGUGGCAUGGGAGCAGUUUGCCUAUAGAAAAAUGGGGAAGGACUUCCUUCCUAGCUCAGAAUUCCUCUAUGAAGAGGCCCCUGGAACUAAGAAGCAGUCAAACAGCAGAAGUAAUUGUGAGACUGUCUGUCACAAUGGAAAAACUCAAAAUGAACAGCAGAAAGCCCCUAGAAGAGGACGCUAUUACAUAUGUCAUCAAUGUGGGAAAUCUUGUAGUAAAAGCUACAGCCUCAGUGAUCACUGGAGAGUUUACACUGGUGAAAAGUCAUAUGAAUGUGGUGAAUGAGGGAAAUCCUUCAGAUAGAGCUCUAGCCUCAUUCAGCACCAGCACGUUCACACUGGAAUGUGACCUCAUGAAUGUGAGAAACGUGGGAAAUUAUUUAGCAGCAAGUUCAACCUCAUUAAACAUCAGAGAAUUCACACUGGAGAAAGGCCUUAUGAGUGCAGUGAAUGUGGGAAAUCCUUUAGUGAAAGCUCUGCACUUCUUCAACACCAGAGUGUUCACACUAGGGAAAGACCUUAUGAGUGCAGCGAAUGUGGGAAAUUCUUUGUUUAUCAUUCCAGUGUCAUAAAGCACCAGAAAGUUCCUUGUGGAUCAAGGCCUUAUGAAUGCAGUGAAUGUGGGAAAUCAUUUAGUCAAAACUCCAGCCUCAUUGAACACAGGAGAGUUCACAGAGAAAGACCUUUUAAAUGCAGUGAAUGUGCAAAAUCAUUUAGACAAAGCUCUGUCCUCCUUCAGUAUCAGAGAGUUCAUACUGGAGAAAGACCUUAUGAGUACAGCGAAUAUAGGAAGUCAUUUACCUACAGUUCCACUCUCCAAAAACACCAGAGAGCUCAUACCAGAUCACAAUCUUACAAAUACAGUGAAUGUGGGAAAUCCUUUACUCAAAACUCCAGCCUCAUUAAACAUGGGAGAGUUCACACUGGUGAAAGGCCUUAUGCACGUACCCAAUGUAGGAAGUCCUUUAGCCACAACUCCAGCCUUAUUAAACACUUGAGAAUUCAUAGUUGA